AUGGAUGACAGUUACAUAGUGCUGGAUGUUGGUGGACGAUUAUUCAAAACAAAAAUACAAACAUUACUGUCUGCAGAUGAUUCUUAUUUUCGAAAACUAUUAUCUACAAGUUCGAAGCACUCACUAAAUUCGGAUGGACAUCUGUUCAUUGAUCGUGAUGGCGAGAUCUUCUCAGUAGUUCUUGGAUACCUCCGACACGGAAAAAGUUACCCACUGCCGAAUGAUGACUAUAAGUUAAGUCAAAUUGUCUUCGAAGCUCAGUUCUAUCAAUUGUCUGAGCUUGCUGAGACAGCUGAAAAUUAUCGUUCAUACUUGCUGCAAUCUUCAGUUCCAUCGAAAUUUCCAGUGAUUUUGCAGAAGGAAAGAAAUUCAUCGAGCAAGCAUACACCCUCGAAGAACAGAGCAGAAUUAUCGUCUCCUGUUUUAUCCAUUCCAACGAUCGCGCCACCUUUACCGAUUAAAUCUGCUGGAAGUAACACUACACUACUGAGAAGAUUAUCGAAGACAUUGCAGAAAAAAGUAAGCAAAGACGAAAUCCACAUUGGACCACCAAAACACUUCAAGCAUGUCGUGCAUAUUGGAUGGGGCGAUGAUGGCCAGAAAAUAAUCAUAGAUCAUAGUAAUCACGACGAAAAAACUUUGAAAGCGGUCGUCCAAGCUAUUUACGAGCAAACUUCAACAUUACCGUUAGUAUAUAGUAUGGUGGAUACAAAUAUAGACAAGGAUAGCAGUGAAUCCGUGGAAAUAUUCUUCACUAAAUCAACAAUUCAAGCUUUUCGAAACCCCAGCAGUGCUUCAGAAGUGGCACUUGGUCUACAAACUGGCGUUUAUGAUAAUUGUUGUUAUGAAAUUGCACGCUCGGAAACAAUAAACAAAAAUUACGCCAAAUCAAUGAAAAUAAGUCCAAUUGUGACAGACAUGUAA